UUUGACAGCAUGAAAGUGCAUUACGCACUGGGAUUAGAAAGUAAUACCUACCUAGUACAAUUUCAGAAAACCUACUGCAAUAUUCGAGUAUUAUUUGUAUAGGAUUACUAGUCCCGUUAAUUAAUCGAAUAAUAAAUACACAAUUGUUCCUUGUCUGCAACGUAAGCUUAAAGAAAUCAACUAGACUGUGUGUAGCACUAGAGUGGUGAUGCCUUUGACAGCCAUUUACAAAGCAUUCAGAUUUGCAUCUAGCAAAGCCAAUCGUUCAGCGUUGCAUAUCGCCAGAAGAAAGGUGUAAAAUUUAACUGUAGUUCGAGAAAAAAUGGCUCGUGGUCAUCAGAAGAUCCAAUCGCAGCAGAAAGCGCAAGAAAAAGCGGCCAAGCAAAAGAAACAACAAGGACACGGCUUGAGCGAUCAGAUGAAGGCGGCCCAGAAGGCACUCGUGUUUUCCUGUGCGGUCUGCAAAUCGCAGAUGCCUGAUCCGAAAACGUACAAGCAACACUUUGAAAACAAGCAUCCCAAGUCGGAGCUGCCUGCUGAGUUGGUGGGUGUUUAACAGGACGCGGCAGGGCCCAUAUCCGAGAGGUUCGAUUCCGUGAAUUGCUUCAACGAUGGUACCUCUUCCUAGUAGUUCCGCGGUAUGUAAAUCCUAUGUUCAGUGGAAUGUUUCCUGCACGUUGCUACAGACAGCCCAUUUUAGUUGAUUCCGAAGAAUAUCCUGAAUUGUAAGAUUCUUUCACGAUGAUCAUUGUAAAUACAUAGUUGGAAACGGUGAACAGCAAUCGCGCAUUGUUCUAGGUUACAUUUCCCCGAGCGCUUUCCAUAUUACCUGACCGAUGCGAGUAUUAAAUAAAUAUUAAUCAUAUACACAUUUA